GAUUGGAUUGGAUUGGAUUGGGAGAGCAGCAGCACCAGCACUUGGGGUUCGAGUUCGAGCUGAUGUUCAUUGACGUGCGUCAGCUGUGAGCGGGUUGACGUCGAACCAGACCGUAGACACCACAGAUGUCUCAGUUAUUUAGUGACACUUGUCUUGUAAUUAUUCAAACGAUGUGAUAUCACUGAGGAUGGUAACUGCCGGUGAUACGGGCAAGCGGGAACAAGAAGGAUCGUGGUGUCUAUCAUGUUUUAUAUGAUGAUGAGAAUUAAUUUCAAGACGAUCCUUCUUGUAUUGAUCGUCGCCGUAAUUAGCUCUAUAUUUACGUCAUGGAAUAACUGCGGAAGUAGCAUUCUUAUCAGGACGGCUGAGUGGAAGACUCGUAGGGAUCGGCUUGCUAAUAGUGAGCUGGGAUAUCAAGAGAUUGAUUGUAAUAUUAAUGGAGAAUAUUUAAUAGGGUGUAGGAGAGAGGGAGAUGAAGUUUACAUUCCGUUUUCAUUUAUUCAUAAGUAUUUCGAGGUUUAUGGGAAAUUGGCUACUUAUGAUGGUCUAGAAAGAUUUGAAUGGUUGCACAGUUACUCCAAAAUAGUUCGACCUAAAUCAAAAUAUGAUCCACGUGGUGUUUUUAUGACAUUCGAAAAUUACAAUGUGGAAGUACGUGAGCGCGUUAAAUGCGUCAGUGGGAGCGAUGGUGUCCCGAUGUCAACCCAAUGGGAGAGCCAGGGUUACUAUUAUCCAACCCAGAUAGCGCAAUUUGCUUUAUCGCAUUACAGUAAAAACUUAACCGAGCCCGAGCCGCAUCGAAAGAUCAUUGAAGAUGCUGACAAAGUUCAGCAGGCCUGGGUAGUCCCCCAGGGUUCAGUGAUGUCGAGAAAUUAUGACGUACAGUCCAAUAGUUAUGUCUUGAGAUUCGGUACUCCGGAAACGAGUACUUCGGGGAUAUCAAUAACGCUAGAUCAUGUUUUGUCAUUUGUUUUGAAGCUGGAUUUAAUUAUUAAGGACAAUGGCAGUGUCACUGUCGUGAUGCAACACCGGGAAAGAAAAGAUUCUUAUUACCUUCAUUACACCACCAGUAAUAUCGUUCUCAACACGAUAAAUAACCACAUUUAUUACGGAAUCGGCGCAAGUAAUAGUCAGUGGAAACGCAUUACUAGAGAUUUAGUUGUCGAUUUACAAAAGGGCUUGAGUGUAAAUGAAAAGGGAAAGAAAAAGUUGUCAAGAUCAAAAUUAAAAAUAAUAAAAAUAAUUUUGUAUGGGUCAGGUAAAAUAGACAAUAUGACGUUGUCGACAAGUGAACAUAUGGAGCAAUUUUAUGACGCGGCACGUUGGUUUGUUGCUAAUCAAAACGUAACAUCAGGCGGGUGGCCGAACCCCGUAAGAAGAAAAGUUGCCAGCAGUAUUGAAGUUCUAGAACCCGGAUGGUACUCGGCAAUGGGUCAAGGACAUGCUAUUUCUGUUCUCGCAAGAGCUUACUAUCACUCGGGCGACGAGAGGUACUUACAGGCAGCCGUGAGAGGCUUGAAACCAUUUAGAAUAACAUCUUCAAAAGGUGGAGUGGCAGCUUAUUUUAUGGAUAAAUUUGUGUGGUAUGAAGAAUAUCCAACUACACCGUCUUCAUUUAUAUUAAAUGGUUUUAUUUACUCGCUUAUUGGUUUGUAUGAUCUUAAGUGCAUUGCAACAGGCAAAGACGCCGAUGAAGCAACAGAAUUAUUCGACAGCGGUAUGGUGUCGUUAAAAAAUAUGCUUACACUAUUUGACACUGGUUCUGGCACGACCUAUGACUUAAGACAUUUCACAUUAAAAAGCGCGCCUAACUUAGCGCGCUGGGACUAUCAUUCCACGCACAUUAAUCAAUUAUUACUUUUAAAUACUAUCGAUAUUGAUAAUAACGAUCAAAUAUUUAUACUAACUGCUGAAAGAUGGAUCGGUUAUAUGAAUGGUAAGAGAGCUGCGCAUAAUUAAUUUUUUAAUUAUUAAAGACAUUCUCAGCCUCCGCCCUCUCUUUUUAAAAUAUAUUUGAUUAUUUUGUAAUUAAACUUUUGCCGCCGUUUCUGUCAAGUUUUUUAAGCAGAUACUUAUCUUUUUGGUGAAAAUUUUUGAUUAUUUUGUCAGCAUUUUGGUGGCCUAUUAAUAGGUAAACAAAUUGAUGUUAAAAUUAAAUUGAUGUCAACUGUAAAUAAUUUUUUUUCUUAAAUCUACAUUUCAGCGACAAUUGUCUUCUUUUCAAUUCACGCUACAAUUUUUUAAAAUUAAUCAAUAAAAUUUAAAUCCAGUCGUGACAUUUGAAGCUAAUGAAUAUUUUUAAAAACUGAGGAUAUUGUCUGAGAAUGUCCUUAAAAUUUUUAUAACAAAAAGCAAAGAAAAGAAAAAAAUGACAUUUAAUUAAAUAUAAAUUUUUAGAGCUUGAAUUUAUACCAUUUUCUACUUUUCACAUUAGAGUAAUUUACCAUUUAAAAAUUUUGAGAUACUUAUAGUCUACCUCCCGUCUUAUAAAUUAUUUAAAUAAAGAGGAGUAAAAACCGACGAUAAAUUGUACAUUUAAAAUUAUAAAUUAUUUAAAUUAAAACGGUUUGACCGUUUAGUGCCAGAACUUUUUUCUAAAUUCUCCAAGUGUAAGAAUUUUUUUUUAUUCCAUAUUUAUUUGUCUUCUCAAACUGAUAAUAAUUCCUCGUGAAAUGAUGAAGAAAAAGUAAUGAAACAAUCGUUUUGUAAUUUAUUGAUACUAAUAUUAAGACAAUGAGUUUUAUCAAAACUCAUUUAAAUUAAAAUCCUUCGAUAGCAGCAACUAUUUGUAAUAAACUGAAUGCUUUAUUAGUUAACUAGGAUACAUUUAUAUUUAAAUCAAAUAAUAAAAGAAGAGAGUAAGUUUAGAUUAUAACAGGGUAGAUAUUUGUAAUGGUGAUAAUAGUAAUGGAAUAUUUUUUUAGUAAAAAAUAAAAGUAAAAAAAAAAGACACUUAAUGAGCUCAUAAAUAAUUUAUGUUUUUUAUUAAAAAAAUGAGCUCUGAUAAUUAUUACUAUGAACUGAACAUUCCGUUUUGUAUAAUAGCGUAAACUGUAAGUUUAUAAAUAAAUACAUUGAAUAAUUA